AUGUACAACGUCGGAUCGGUCUGCGCCAUUCUCUUUACGGGACCCGUCAAUGACCUUCUCGGCCGGCGCUGGGGCAUGUUUACUGGCGCUUUGCUCAUUAUUAUCGGCACUUGUAUCCAGCCCGUUGGAGCUUUCAUUGCAGGCUGGGUUGCCUACGGCGCUUCUUUCAUCCCGGGUGACGGCGGCUGGCGUCUUCCCGUCUGGUGUCAACUGGUCACGUCCGGAAUCGUUGUCGCUUUUGUGUUCUUCUUGCCAGAGAGUCCCAGAUGGCUUGUAGCCAACGACCGACACGAAGAGGCAGCAAAGAUCCUGACUCAGCUACACGGCGAAAAAGACCCCAACCAUCCUAUCGUGCAACUGCAGAUGAAGGAAAUGAUGGCCCAGAUCUCGAAUGAAGCUAGUGAUAAGAAGUGGUGGGAUUACCACGAGUUGUGGAACACUCACUCCGCUCGGAGAAGACUUAUUUGCGUCUUGGGUAUGGCCAUCAUGGGACAGGCUUCCGGAAACUCUCUUUCAAGCUAUUAUCUCGUGACAAUGAUGAACACAGCCGGAAUCACCGACGAAAAGAAGGUUCUAGCCCUCAACGCAGUCAACAGCAUUCUCGGCCUUCUCGGCAGUGUCAUUGGCGCCCGUCUUACCGAUCGCGUUGGCCGACGACCCUUGCUCAUCUACAGCAUUUUGUUCUGCUCCGUCACGUUCGCUGUUAUCACCGGGACGUCCAAAAUGGCCGUCGACGACCCAAGCAACACCAACGCCGCCAACUCCACCAUCGCCUUCGUCUUCCUAUUCGGUGUCGUGUUCUCUCUGGGCUGGACAGCUCAGCAGAGCAUGUACAUUGCCGAGACUCUCAGCACCUCUACUCGUGCUAAGGGAACUGCGGUCGGCAACUUUGCCUCCUCGGCUAUUUCGUUGGUGCUUGCUUACAGUUCUGGACCUGCAUUUGAGAAGAUUGGCUAUUACUUUUACCUUGUCUUUGUCUUCUGGGAUAUCUUAGAGGCAAUCUUCAUCUACUUCUUCUUCCCGGAGACGAACCACAGAACGCUAGAAGAGCUCGAGGAGGUAUUUUCUGCGCCGAAUCCCGUCAAGAAGAGUUUGGAGCCUCGUUCCGCAUCAACUGUGUUGGAGACUAUGAAAGUUCCCAAUGAGAAAUUUGUAGAGGCUUAG